AUGGCAUGCCCGCGGAGCCGACGACCGCUGCCGCCGGUGAUCCUGCUCCUGCUGCUGCCGCUGCUGCUGCGAGCCGCCUCACUUGGUCUCUUACUCUCUGUAGGGGAUCCCCUCAUCACAGAGGGUCGGCUUAUGAACAGCUGUAUCCAAGCCAGGAGGAAAUGCCAGGCCAACCCUGCAUGCAAUGCUGCCUACCACCACCACCUGGAUUCCUGUACCUAUAGUAUAAAAACCUCAUCAACCUCAAAGGAGCCUGCAGAGUGCCUGGAGGCUGCAAAGCAGCUCAGGAACAGCUCUCUGAUGGGCUGUUCAUGCCACCGGCGCAUGAAGAACCAAGCUACCUGCCUGGACAUCUAUUGGACUAUUCACACUGCCCGCAGCCUUGGUGACUACGAGCUGGAUGUCUCCCCCUAUGAAGACACAGUGACCAGCAAACCCUGGAAAAUGAAUCUCAGCAAACUGAACAUGCUCAAACCAGAUGUGGAGGGCAAGCCCAGGCUGGAUUCAGACCUCUGCCUCAAGUUCGCCAUGCUGUGCACUCUGAAUGACAAGUGUGACCGGCUACGCAAGGCUUACGGGCAGGCGUGCUCUGGACCCCACUGCCAGCGCCACGCCUGCCUCAAGCAGCUACGUGCCUUCUUUGAGAAAGCUGCCGAGCCCCUUGCUCAGGCCCUGCUGCUGUGUCCGUGUGCACCCCAGGACAGGGGCUGCGGGGAACGCAGGCGCAACACCAUCGCCCCUACUUGUGCGCUGCCGCCUGUUGUGCCCAACUGCCUGGAGCUGCGCCGCACUUGCCUCUCCAACUCGCUGUGCAGAUCACGCUUGGCAGAUUUUCAGACUCACUGCCAUCCCACAGAUGUCCUAAGGACCUGUGCAACAGAGCAGGCCAGAUGUCUGCGAGCAUACAUGGGGCUGAUUGGGACUGUCAUGACUCCCAACUUUGUCAGCAGCACCAACACCAGUGUUGCCUUAAGCUGCACCUGCAGAGGCAGUGGCAACCUGCAGGAGGAGUGUCAGCGGCAGGAAGGGGCCUUCUCACAUAAUCCCUGCCUCAUGGAGGCCAUUGCAGCCAAGAUGCGUUUUCAUAGCCAACUCUUCUUCCAGGAUUUGACAGACUCUACCUUUUCUGUGAUGGAACACCAGAAUAAAAACCCUUCUCUGAGACCACAGCCCUGGGUGCCCUCUCUUUUCUCCUGCACACUUAUCUUGAGCCUGUUCCUGAAAUUCUGGUAG